AUGGCGAACUCUCUGAUCGGAAAGAAUGCUGUGGUCACGGGUGGCUCACGAGGUAUCGGUGCCGCUAUCGCCAUUGAGCUCGCUCGACGAGGGGCGUCAGUUAUGAUCACCUAUGUGUCAUCCGCCAAAGCGGCGGAAAGCAUAGCCGGUGAAAUCAACAGCCAAGGCUCCGAUGUUAGUGGGUAUGCAAUUCAAGCAGACAGUUCUAAGGCCAUGGAAGCGGCCCUGCGUAUUGUUGCUGAGUGCAGGAAGCGAUUUCCCGAGGGCAUUGACAUAAUAGUCAAUAAUGCAGCGGAUGGUUCGGAUGUAAAUCUGACAGAUCUGGCCGUGGACAAUUUUGACCGUAUCUUCCAUACCAAUGUGCUAUUUCCCAUGCUUCUCCUCCAGCAGGCUCGGUCGCAACUGAGAAAGAAGGCAAGAAUUGUUAACAUCAGCUCUACAUCGGCACGGCGGAGCUUUCCUUCAGCAAUUACAUACGCCGCAUCUAAAGCAGCCCUUGAAAGUAUCACAAGGUCACUGGCAAAAGAGCUCGGUCGAGAGCUCGACUGCACGGUCAAUGCUGUUAAUCCCGGUCCGGUAAAUACCGACAUGUGGAAUAAUACGGAGGGGCCCGAGUUGGACGCUGUAACACAGAGGAUUACGAUGGAAACGGCUGCGGGCUCUCGCAUUGGUGAGACAAAUGACAUUGCACCGAUUGUAGCGUUCUUAUGUGAGGAGCAGUCAAGAUGGGUAACUGGAAGCACUGUAUGUGCGAAUGGCGGUUUAGUUAUGGUAUAGUCGCUAGCUUUAUAGGAGGAUGUGGUUUUCAACAACGCUUUGAUGAGCAGGGCAAUUCUCAGUGGCUAAUAACAAACCAGUACACAAUGCUAUCCUCAAAACAUUUUGUACCAAAAUAGGCCAUAGACACAUGUGAAAAGUAUGUUGUAGCUUUCGGGGAUAAAGCGUGUGGAUGGAAU